AUGCUCGCCGUGCAGGAAUUAUUUCUUAUUUCCUUGGAUUUGUACCAUGUUUUCCGAACAUUUUUGGUAAAGUUUUUGUAUGUUUGUCUUAGUGAAGAACCAUGUGCCGUCGUUUUUAAUGCGGAAUUGGAUUUUCGUUGGAGCUACACUAACACCACUUGUGGUCAAAUCAUUGCGUUGUUCGACCCAACGUUCACUACUAUAAGUUUGACCAUAGCAGCAUGCAUUGAUUUUGUGACGCUUCUCAAGAUCAGAAAAUACAAUAAAGUUACGAUUCGCAGUUAUUUGAUCAUUUAUUUGCAAUAA